CAUCAAUUCUGAUCUCCUGGAGCAUCUGAUCACCUUGGACACAAGGACCUUCCGGCCAUAAGGGACAGGACCUUUUUCUUUAACUUUGAGCCAAAACAGAAAAACCAAAUCAGCCGAGAUGGGAAAGCUCUUUCUGGGUUUUGUUGUUGCUGUUGCAUCCCUUGCUUUGGUGGAGUCGUUGAUCUGCAACAAGUGCUCUGUAAGUGUGUUUGGGUUCUGCAUUAACAGCAGUAACGAGACCUGCGCUGGCAAUGACUCUGUCUGUUACACUGGAAAAGCAGUUUUUCCUUCUGUCUCAUCUUUCAAUGGCUUCAGCAACCAGGGCUGCAGGCAAAACGACACAUCAUGCAAUGGAAGCACCAAUUCAUCUCUGCUGGGCAUCAGCUACACCACCACCAUCAGCUGCUGCUCUUCAGACCGGUGCAACCCUGUCACGCUCAGUGGUGCCCCAUCUACCAAAAUGACCUUCACCGCUGCCGUUGCAGGAGCCAUCCUGGCCUCUGUCCUCGGAAGCAUGUUGUAGUCAAAUCACAAAUGCUGUCAGUUAUGUUUAGCUUUGCCCCUCAUAAUCAAAACACUAUCAAAUAUAAAUCUUUGAGCAAUAAAAUUACUCAUUUAUAUGUUCAGCCUACAUUCUUGUGUUAUGAAGUUCAUAACAGAGCCCCAGAUCAUGGAAGUUGAUCAAUGGGAUGUUUAAAAGAAACAUUGAGCUCGUAAAUCUUUCAUGAUCUUGGUUUGGUUAAAGUCUUUUUGAAUUUAGAAUUUUUGAAAAUGUAUUUCCUUCUAAAUUGUUUGUGUCUUACUGUGCCUCAGAAUGAUGAAAUAAACUCUAUUGAUAAAUCUCAA